AUGGACUUCUUCGAUCAACUCACCGAUUUCGAAUCCCUCCUGGAACAGGUAAGACAUGUCAAGAAUAACAGAAAUGCCUCGAUUCAGGACAAAGCUGAGUAUUUUCACAAAACCUUAGUCGACCAGAUUGGAUCCUUCUCCGAAAUAGAGAAGAAGCACUUGUACAGGUACCUCAAGCUCAGCCGCGCAAACGAAGAGCUUCAGGUUUCCUACAAUGAGCUGAACGAGUUGCUCAGCCAAGAGCUGCGCAAAGUCGAGCGCAAGAAUGCAGAGCUGCAGGAAACCAAAGCUGCUCUGAGAGAGGCGGAGAAAGACUGCGAGGCCAAGGAGGAGUACAUCCACGACAUCGAGGAAGCGAACGCUGAGCUCAUGGAGAAGAACCAAGAGCAGAGAAGCCUGAUCAAAUCGUACAAGCAGGAUUGGAAAGCUAUGAAAGAUGAGCUGGAGCUCCGUGACAGAACAAUCGACGAUCUGCAGAGGAGCUUGCGGAGCAAGGGUGCCCUUGUCCACAAACAUGAGCGCGAAAUCGAGGACUAUCGAAAGCAGCGCAAAGAAUGGGAACGGCAAGUGGAUGAAGCCGCCCAAUACCUGGAUGACAAGAGCGAGGUCUUGAAAUGGCUCAAUGGAGUGGGCAGGCCUUUGAAAGGUAAUUCAAGAGCAUCGAGCUCUGAAGCGUCAAGCUCUGGCACACAUAAGGUGUCAGACUCUGUAAUUGAUCCAACAACAGAUGGCGGGGCAGAUCGCAAGACAAAUUGUACUACAGAUUCCGAGAAAGAGGGUACAGUAACCUCUACGACAGGUUCUUCUGGGGACCAGCAACCCGACCUGCAAGGAAGUGCAAUGGACUGUUCAAGUGAGGUUAUUAGUGUGGACGAAACAAAGCCAAUGUGCGGUACCACCCUGGACGAGGAAAUGAUGUACUUGUCUGAAAGUCAAUCAGCUCUGUCCAUCGAAUGGCAGGCAUCUCCAAUGGAAUGGUCUAUGAUCGAUUGUCGCAAGCUACCAUCUCCCACAAGCUCGUAUGAUUUGGAUCUACCGCAACGGCGAAAGCGGCGAAAGCAGCGCACAAAAGAAGUCGAGGACAUUGAGGUGGCACGAAAGAGAAGCAAGGUCAACCCGCAUUGUGUAAGUCCCGUUCAAACGGACAGCGAGGCAGAUGCUUCAUUCGAUUUUAGAGCAAGCGACCAAAAAUCGCCAGAGACUCCAUGUCCGAUAGACUGCAUGAAGACCGCGGAAACAAUCUUCACAGUUUCGCGUGGAGUUCAAACUGUUGCCGACCAAAUGGACGGACCGAUAACAAUCCCGUCAAUAGAGUCUCCGGAAGCACCAGGACGAUCACAGCCUCUACUUUUGAACGGAAGAAGAGGCCGCUAUAAGGAUCCUGUAUACCUUCCAAAAUCAUAUGCUAAAUCCCAACAGCUGACACACCAAGCUCGAGAGCUUGAUGUGAGGAGGCCAAGAUUUGUGAGUGUGACUCGGCAUGUGCUCAGGAGCAGAGUUGCAUCUUGGCCUCUUAAUCAAGCCGGGCAAGAGAACUUUGGACAAGGAGACCUUCAACAAGAGAGCAUAGCAACCCCGUUAGUGUCACCAUCUUUGGAUCUUGGGAGUGAGUCUCUGAAAGCUGAAGCUGACGCUGGUCCCGUACUGCAAACAGUUCCACAUAACCCUCACCAGAGCUCUGGCUAUAGGUCACACAGUGACGGAGAGGUUGCUGAUAUGGCGAAGAAACAGGGGUUCUUUGGGUCUACUCCCAUGGUCAUGGGAGGAAAGCGGCGGUUGCUCUUUGUGACGGUGCUGGUCCUGUUGCUCUCCAUAGUCCCCAGAGUCUUUCCCAACGGAGAGCGCCGAUCGUGGGAUAGAGUCAAUUUGAUGCCACAGGAUCCCCUGGCAAAACUGCGCGAAUGUCCAGACUCGCGAUCUAACGUGGUGCGGGCUGCUGAGUGGGAGAUUGUUCGAAGGACCGAUUCUGAUUUCUUGUCUUUUGUGUGA